AUGGCACCCAGAAAGUCUAGCCGGGUUAAAGAUCUUGAAGAAACCGUCGGACGGCCAAACUACAGUGACUCAAUCCGUCGAUCCAACUCCGUUGGCAGCCAACCAAGACGUCCUCAUGGAUUCAGACCACCCAGCAGAGCAUCCACCACCGGACUUGCAAGUGGAGCAGGACAAAGCUCAGGUACAACAGAUCAUGAAGCUGCACGACCACAACUUCCAGAAUUGGCUCAGCGCUCAGACCUCGAACCCCAACAACACCCGCAGUAUCAUGAUCUAUCUGAAAUUGUGGAAGUCAACUCACGAGACCUUGGUGAUCUUGAUGGGGGACGAGUUCAAGAAAGUGAUGAACACGCAGUGGGAUCCAUUCGUGGAGGAGCAGAAGUUGCUAGCGAGAACCCACAACGGCUUCAUCGGACGGGACCAGCAUGUCAAACAAACACCUCCCCCUCCGGCGCAAGCAUCCUCAACGGCCGGACCCUCGAGAACCCAAACCCAACGUUCGAACAACGCCCCGUACCAGAAACCUCCUCAAGCAGAGGAAGAAGCCCGCAACAUGCAACAAAUGUUGUCAUUCAGCCGAGCGUACUACCGAGCCAUGAAAGGCAUCAAGGGCUCGAAGAACAAGGGCAAGAAUCACCCAAAGCAACAUCAGGAGAACCCCAAGGAACCCCAACAAUGAGUAAUACAGUGCUUAUGACACCAAGUCCUUUUCUUUCAUCGCACCGUAUAAUUAGCGAAGUUGUACCCCCAAAACUUGUUGUCCCUGUAUUUACCGUUCCUACACGCCUGAACAGAAGAACAAAUGCUUUAGAAAUGAGACCCAAAACGAUGACCGAGCCAAAGAGCGUGAGCCUUAGUGAGAACAUGAGAGAAAUUGAGCCUUUUCAUGCGAAAACCCACGCACCUGCCGAAGCCAAGAAGACAGAGCACGUGAGGAAACUUGAGGAUACAGGGAUAGCGGACGCUAAAACAAGAGCGUCCCCUUUCGUGUUACCAGGCCUUCUGAGAAAUACGUCGCAUGACCUAAGUCCCAUUUCACAAGAUAAAAAUUUUAGCCUUAGCGAGAAAUUUAAGAAGCUAAGACUACAAACAGAAAGCUUAUCGGCAGAGUCCAUCCACUCAUGGAAAGACCAUCAGGAAGACCUAGAUACAAGGUUCGCAACAAUGCAGAAAAUCAUGGAAGAAAAGUUCAACGAAGGUAUAUCCAAAUUGAACGAAAAAUGGGAUUUUUGUUUGAACAUCCUGAACGACGAGAUGAGUGUAAACUUUGAGGAUAUCAAAGAAACGAUAAUCAUGUUUAAAUGCAGCUGUGCGGAUGUAGGUGCGGCAUGGACCAAACAUCAAGACGAAAUCGAAAGAUUGCUAAUCAACCAGGUGGUUACGAAUCAGCAACUGAUUGAAACGCAUAGCCACCAUUUGGGGGAGCUGAUGUGUAGAUUAGGGGAAAAAUUCGAUGAGCAAGCUCAGAUGAAUCUAGCUACCAAUAGGAAUGUGUCCAGGAUAGUAUCGAUGCUGGACAAAUCAACCGCUAAAAAAGACAGCGAAGAACAGUUACCGGAACCUAACGGUGUGUUCGAUAAGGGACCAUCACUAAGUAAUAAUCCUUUUGCUCACGAGCUAGUAACAAACCACCGGCGCACAAUGGAAGGGUAUGACAGGGACACAACACUCCCAGUCCAAGCGAAUAACGCGUCUCCGGAUGCGGAUAUUCGGAAAGCAGUAGGCGCACGUAGUUGGCCCGAGUGGCGCGAGAUCAUCAAAGAGCAUUUUGGGACACCCCUAUGGAAAAGGAAAAUGAGUACAGCUUUCGACCGAGAUGUGUUCAGCUGGGAACAUAAAGACAAGCCGGUAGCAUGGCUCCUACUCCAGAGAAGGAGAAUGGAAGCGGCUUGGCCCACGCUGAGCGUUAGAGAACAAAUUGAUAAGAUUUUAGGUCUAUGCGACGGCGAUAUAGAACACGCAGUUCAGUCCAGGAUACGCGAAUAUUCGGACUUCGAAGCGUUUGUCAACAUCUUUGAAGAUGUGGUAACGCACACCUCCAUCGGCCGUCGCUUUAAGAAAGCGGAAAACAUCAAGCAGGUCCAGCUUGGCAACUCGAAAUUCAGAGACUAUAAGAAUUAUAGUAACAAAGAGUAUAGAAACAGAGACUACCGCGGAGGUAAGGACGGGAAACCAGAGAAUGGAGAAGGCAAAAAGCCACCCUUUAAAACAAAAGACGGGAAGAAGUUCUCAUUCGAGAAAAAGAUCAACGCAGUGGAUGCGGAACCGCAGAUCAGCGAUGAAGGUGAGCUACAAGGAAGUAGGUCACAAGACUCCGAGAGCACGACGGAAGAGGAGGACGUUGACUUCUGUGUAGGGAACGUAGACAUGUUCAGGAUAGCCGAAGAUCUGAAUAUCUCAGAAACCGAAAGCCAUACAGGAAACACGUUGGAUGUAGAAAAUACACUUACAGAAAGCGCGGGGAUAACCCUACAGCAGCUCGCUACCAACUUACGGAUCUCGGAAAACGCGAUUUCAACUGCUCCUCCUAUAGAAAUACCCAGAACGAUACUGGAUGUGCCAGAAACAAGAACCUUUUUGACGGUCUCCGUGAACGGUAUCCGAUGUCUGAGACCUUCGAUGGCCUCUACCAGAGUGCUGAACGUAUGUUGGCGAACAUGGGCGGCGGACACCCGUUCAACCGCGAUUGAGAAUCAGGAUUACGAUUCGGAAAUACUGGGAGAACUAGCCCUUCCUAUUAAAAUCGAACACACUUGGAACCCUUGUCUGCUUAUGACUAAAUUUGUAGUGACCACGGAUCAACAUAUAGAUUAUCUGGUACUAGGAAGCAGAGAUUUGAGCGAAUUCGGAUUUACGCUUCAUCUGGGAUAUAACCCACGAUGUUACAUUGGAUCGCUUGAGAGAGAAUAUGAAUUAUCGCCGUGUUACUCCUCUUCAGAAGGGACAAGCGAAAUAGCCACUAUAACAGUGGAACCCGAUGGGAACCUAGACAUCGCUGAGCUUCAGUCACAAGCAGCAAUACCCCAGGAGUGGGAUGAAGCGUCUAAGCAGGCCCCUAGCACGAGUACAAGACAUAAGUCACCCUUCCCAAAAGGGAAGGAGGCUGAGAUGAAAUCAACAGCCGUAGAAGAGACGACGAGCCUCUCGACCUAA